AGGCGGCAGCAAUGCUCCGUUGAGAGACGCGGCUUUCGGCAAGAACUGGACUCUUGGCGCCACAAGCUCAUUCACUGUGUAGGUCCCGUUUCCCUCUGUGCGGCGGCCGGCGGGACCAUAAGGGCUUAACUCAUAUAUUUAACCCCCCUCCAAAAAGGUUUCGUUGGAAGGAAUUAUGCAAAUCCUGCUUUCUGGUGUCCAUUCAGCGGCAAUUUCAUGCGGGUUUGAAAGUAUUCUUGAAGGGCUGUUUGGACCUGCAUUAUUAAAAGAUCUCAGUUUAUUUAAAGACUGUGAACCUGAAAGCAUUUCCGAUUGGACUUUUGAUGAAAAUUGUCUGUUCUGUUGCUUGAGAAGAGAUAAAGUAAAGGGACACUUAGUCGGUCUGGAUGAACCAGCUUCGGGAGCUGGGCAAGAAGCUCUGCUUAAACGAGAGCAAGCAAAAAUCAUUCGAUUCGAGAGACAAGCAGAAGAGUUCCUCAAUGCAGUCUUUUGUAGAAAAGACAGUCCCUGGGUCUCCGACCCCAAUAUUCCCCUAGUGGCCCGUGAGAUCAUGCAGCGAAUGAUCCAACAAUUUGCUGCUGAAUAUACCUCAAAAAAUAGCUCUACUCAGGACCCCAGCCAGCCCAAUAGCACAAAGAACCAAAGCCUGCUGAAAGCAUCUCCAGUCACCACCUCUCCCACGGCUGCAACUACUCAGAACCCUGUGCUCAGCAAACUUCUCAUGGCUGACCAAGACUCACCUCUGGACCUUACUGUCAGAAAGUCUCAGUCAGAACCUAGCGAACAAGACGGUGUACUUGAUCUAUCCACUAAGAAAAGUCCAUGUGCUGGCAGCACUUCCCUGAGCCAUUCUCCAGGUUGCUCCAGUACUCAAGGGAACGGUGAGAACUCAGCAGAGGCAAUAGCAGUAGAUUCUAACAGUCAGUCGACGUCCCCGCUGGAGAAGUUCAUGGUCAGACUGUGCACUCAUCAUCAGAAGCAGUUCAUUCGUGUUCUGAACGAUCUGUACACUGAAUCUCAGCCAGGCACCGAGGACCUGCGACCUUCGGAUUCUGGAACAAUGGAUGCCUCCACCUGCAAUGCUGGCUGUGCCCAGCUCGGCACCAAACCUAAGGAGAAGGAUGCUAUGUGUCUCAAUAUGAAGUCCUCUACUUCUGUAGAGUUGUUCAUAGACUCAUCAGGCUCUCACAGCCCUCAACACUUGACAGAACAGGCCCUAAAGGAGCCUCCUCCCGAGACAAACUCUGUAGAUGGAAGAGAGAACACUUUAACUGUUGUCCAAAAAGAUUCCUCUGAACUUCCAACCACUAAACCUAAUUCAAUGGAUAGUUCCACUCUGGGAUACCUCACUGCAUCUAAUUCUUCCUCAGUAAACUUCCACCACAUCUCUAAGAGCUUGGAGGGGCAAACCACUGGACAGGAGCAAGACACAGAUGUGAAAAUAUGCAAGGAUGGUAAAGACCACGUGCAGAGUUCAGCUUUAGUAGAAAAUCUAAUUGCAGUAAAAGUGGCAACUGAGAAUACUGAGGAGAACAACAGCUGUAUUGUUUCUCAAAGAAAUUCAUUCAAAGCUUUAUCAGAAGAGGCUUGGGACUCAGGGUUUAUGGGGAAUUCACCUAGAACUGCUGACAAAGAGAAUGCUUUACAGUGUAGCUCAAAAACACCUUUACGCCAGGACUUAGAGGCAAGUGAACAAGAUUCAAGGCCAAAGCAAGAGAACCAUCUUCACUCAUUAGGAAGAAAUAAAAUGGGUUACCAUUUACAGCCCAGUGAUAAGAGCCAGUUUGAUCAUUCCAAAGACGGUUGGUUAGCCCCCAGCCCCAUGCCACCUGUACACAAAGCAUCUAAUGGACAUUCACGAACCAAGAUGCUUUCAACCUCCAUUAAGACAGCUCGGAAAAGUAAAAGGGCAUCAGGGUUGAGGAUAAACGAUUAUGAUAACCAAUGUGAUGUCGUUUAUAUCAGCCAGCCAAUAACAGAAUGCCACUUUGAGAAUCAACGAUCGAUAUUAUCUUCUCGGAAAACAGCCAGGAAGAGUACUCGAGGAUACCUUUUCAAUGGUGAUUGUUGUGAGCUGCCAACUGUUCGCACACUGGCCAGGAAUUUACACUCCCAAGAAAAAGCAAGCUGCUCAACACUGGCCUCAGAGGCAGUGGUCACUCCCAAGCAGACCCUUAUCAUUUCAUCACCUCAGCCUAUAAUAGAUGUGCAGCAUCCCAGAGAAGACAACCCUGAAGAACCUAGUAAAGAAAUAACCUCCCUCAAGGAAGGAGACAGAGAUGCGUCAUCUGAAAAGGAAUCUCAAGAGCCUGAGGUUUGCCCUGUGACAAAUAACGCAAACCCAAGCAGCUCCUCUAGAUCAAAGGAAACAGCAGCCUCCAACCCAGUGUGGCCUCUCCCUGCUCACCUUCCUGAAGAGGAUCUUCCAGAAGGCAGCUCCGCGGUCUCAGCUCCCACAGGAAGUGGGAUAUCUUCCCCUGAACGAGACCAACAGCCAGUUGAACUGCUAGAUACAAAGGAGAUGAGUAUACCCCAAGACUGUCCCCUGCUUCCCUCCACAGAGAGCCUUUCUGAGGGAGGCAGUGAAGAUGUUGUUCCUAGGCCUUGUUCCCCUCCUGAAACAGUAAGUAGCGAGGAGAGUCCUCUGUGCUCAGAAAAUCAAAGUCCCCCAGUGGGCUUGGAGCCUCCCACAAGCCUGGGAAAGGCUGAGGAAGACCAAAGCAUCGGUACUGAGGCUGAGACCGAAGACACUCAGGAGUUAGAUACUGACCCACCCUUGAAGGAAAGCAGCACUUUGACUAAUGAAAACCCCAGUGAAAUUGAGGAAAGUGAGGCACCAGGUGGUACAGGAAAAUUCGAGGGAGAGGAUGGUGAUGUAAAAUAUCCUACAGAAAAAGAUAUGUGUGAUCAAAACAUUGACUCACCUGAAGAGAAUCUGGACAAGAAGAAAAAAGGUAAAAAAUUCCCCGAGGCCUCUGAUAGGUGCCUAAGAAGUCAACUUUCAGAUUCUUCCUCUGCCGAUAGGUGCCUAAGAAAUCAAAGCUCAGAUUCUUCCUCUGCUUGUGCUGAGAUCAAGGUUUCUAAAAAUCCUGGUGCAAAACGGUCUAAAAAAGAAGGGUAUCCUGGUGGGACAGCACCUGAGAGCUUCCUGACUGAAGGUUUCCAUACAAAAGCUCUGGAGGACACUGAAAACCCAAAUGUCAAUGAAAACCCCUCUGAGAAAGAUGCUGAGCAGGAGGGCGAAGGAGGUAGGAUGAUCACCAGGCAGACUUUUAAAAACAUGCUAGCAAAAGAAGUCAAGGGGGAAGAAGAAGGUAUUUUCCCCAGCAGUGAUCCCUUAGCCACAGUUGGCCAGCCCCUGCCUGGAGAGAAACUGGAAAUCUAUGUUCAGUCUAAAUUAGGUGAGAACAGUACUCAAGACCCCUCUGAAAGCAUUCCUUGUACGUUCCCAGAACAAUCAAAAGAGAAGCCAGGACCUAUUCCUGCACAAGAGACGGAAGAGGUUGUAAACGAUAUGGAUAGUGCAGACAGCCCGCAUAAAGAUGAUGACAGUGACGUGCUAUCUAGCACAGUUGGAUUGUCAAGUAGUAGAAGUGAUGACGCUGCUGGGCCCCCAAAAUGGGUCCCAAGGCUUACAAGACUGACUUCCUCAACCUACAACCUAAGACAUGCUCAUUCUCUGGACUCCUUGGAUACUAUAAAAGUGACUUCCGAAAAGGAAGCAGCACAAGGAAACACAAUCCCAAAGGAAAACGAAACUUCAGAGAGUGGAGAUCCCUUAGACGAGGAUGAUGUGGACACAGUGGUAGACGACCAGCCAAAGUUUGUCGAAUGGUGUGCUGAGGAGGAGAACCAAGAGCUCAUCGCCAGCUUCAAUGCCCAGUACAUGAAAGUUCAGAAGGGCUGGAUCCAGCUGGAGAAAGAAGCCCAGCCAACACCAAGAGCAAGGAACAAGUCAGAUAAGCUGAAGGAAAUUUGGAAAAGCAAGAAAAGGUCACGGAAGUGUCGGGGUUCACUGGAGGUUCAAAAGUUUUCUCCUGUUCAGAUGCUGUUUAUGACAAACUUUAAAUUAUCUAAUGUUUGCAAGUGGUUCUUAGAGACAACUGAGACCCGGUCUCUGGUAAUUGUAAAGAAGCUCAAUACUCGUCUUCCAGGAGACAUCCCACCUGUCAAGCAUCCUCUUCAGAAGUACUCUCCUUCCAGCCUGUACCCCAGUUCACUACAGGCUGAACGCUUGAAAAAACACUUGAAGAAAUUUCCCGGAGCUACUCCUGCUAGGAACAAUUGGAAAACACAGAAGCUCUGGGCUAAAUUUCGAGAGGAUCCUGACCAAGUGGAGCCAGAGGAUGACAGUGACGUUAGCCUCAGCCCCAAUCCUGAAGACAGCAUAGAAGAGGUCAAGGAAGGUAGAAGUAGCCAUCCUCCCACAAACUCACCUACCCCUGCCAGUACCCGGAUCCUUAGAAAAUAUUCCAACAUUCGAGGAAAGCUCAGAGCCCAGCAGCGUUUGAUCAAGAACGAGAAAGUGGAAAGCCCAUUUGGUCCGGCUGUGGAAAGUAAACAGAGUUGUAAGAGUGUAUGCAUCAACCCUCUGAUGUCCCCCAAGCUUGCCCUGCAAGUAGGUGCAGAUGGGUUUCCUGUUAAGCCCCAGAGUACCGAUGGAAUGAAGGGAAGGAAAGGGAAGCAGAUGUCUGAACUCUCGCCGAAAGCAGAAGUUCAGAAUAAACGCAAGAGGACAGAAGGCAGCAGCACUCAGGACAGGAAGGACAAGGGAGCUGCGAUGAAGGCCAGCAAAGAAAAGCACGUUGAGGGAUCCACCAGAACCCCCGCUGCCAAGAAGCCAGCUGCAAGGGACAGAAUCAGCCAACUGCCCAAAAAGACGACUUUGAAGGAGAAGAAAGUGAAGAUCCCUAAAAAGUCACCUGGGAAGAGCUGCCCUCCCUCCAGGAAAGAAAAAGAGAAUACAAACAAAAGACCUACCCAGCCCUCCCCCUCGGAGAUGGUGACAAAACCUGCCAAGCAAAAAGGGGCAGGUGAGUCCUCUUCAAGGCCACAGAAAGCCACAAAUAGGAAGCAGAGCAGUGGAAAGACUCGGGCCAGACCCUCAACGAAAACCCCAGAGAACAGUGCAGCCCAGAGAAAGCGAAAGCUGAAGGCAAAGCUGGACUCUUCCCACAGCAAACGGAGGCGGAUGGAUACAAAGUGAUUGGAAGGGCAGUAUUCAAGAGUUAAAACUGUUCUAUAGAAGUAACCCUUUAUUUUGCAUUAACUAAAUCUGCUUUUAUAAGCUUAUCAAGCCUUUCAAGUCUGCAGUUAAUGGAGAACACCACAAUUUAAGAUGUCAGAAAUUGCGUCUCAGAUGGAGAAGGGAACUUGCAGAGUCUUUCUCUGAGGCUGAGUAAGGGAAGUUAUAUAUUAUAUUCUGGUUGUUCCUUGGGUUUUAAACUUGGAACCAAGCAGUUUUAGUUUUUAAAAGUACAGUGCCUUAUUUAUCCUUUUUGUUUUUAAAUUUACAAAAGCUAAAAAGCUGAUCUAUGUGAUUAAAGGCUUGUAUUUUAUACUUGAUGCACAAGCACUUGUACUGUAGCCGAGAAGACCACCAUCAUGCACAUAAAAGUAGCUUUUCAGCAGCCACCCUGCAGUAUCUGUACAUGAACAGAUGCUCCUCUUUGCAAACCCCAGCAGUGAACUUCCCUCUGUCUUGUUUGUUUAAAUGAUAUUUGAAAGCUAAACCAAAUCAUUUUUAUGGUAUGUGGAGAAUGCAGAGGGAAUUUAUAAUUAUUAUAAAAGGUUAAUAUUUCUGUUACCCCAUUUUAAAAAUUCAUAUUCAUUGUUGGUCACUCAUCUCUGAUCUUUUGUCAUUUGAAGAAAUGUAUUCUAAAUUAUGUGCCCAUGGGAUAAGAGGUGUGUCACAAGGUGUUAAUAUUAAUUUAUGGGCUCUAAAAGUUAUUCACAUCCCCCAAAUUAUUUGCAUUACUGAUUCUUAUCAUCCUUUUCAUUUUUGGCCUUGCAGGAUCGCUAGCACACUAAUGAGGUUUUCAUCCUACUUUGGGGGAAAAAAACCAAAAAAACUAGGAUCUUUUUUCCAUCUUGUAGCCGUAAUUUGACAAUUAGGAUAAGAGUGACCGUUCUGAUUUUUUCCUUGCCCUGAGUACUUCCAUAGUCAAAGAAAGCCAAAAUGUUAUUUUCAGUAAUAGAAAAGUUUAAGACAUAUGUGUGUAUGUUUGGGUGCAUUUGCAUGUGGUUAUAAGCCACAAAUGUCUCCCAAGCCCAGUUUUACAGUAAAAUUCUUUCUUCUCCAUGCAGUGUGAUAGGGUGUUCAUGAACUGAGUAAUUAGCAUAUGCCAGAUGACUUAAAUGUAGCCCAGGGUCUCUAUGAGUAUCCCCCAAAUCACUAUGGCACCAGACUCAGAGAGGUGUAAACAACACAGAAUUGUAUAAAGGUCAGAGCAACCUUGCAGUUGGAGAAAGUAGCACCAACAUCUCAUAGUGUGCCCAUACACACCCCUGUACCAGGAGCUAAUGUUCAGCUGGUAUUCCAAUGUGAAAUGUACAUGGUUAGAGUAGUAGGUGCCCUUUCUGAUUGGUUAGCACCAUACUAGCAGUUAAUACUUGUAGUAUUACACUGGCCUCUGUCAUGUCAGGCUCUGUUUCAUGGCUCAAAAGUGCGAGCUGCAAUAUUUGUAACAUGUUGUUUGAGGCCUAAGAUGGGUACAUUGGCUUUACCUUGGUGCCUAUAACAUUGCUCCAUUAUAACAUAGUGUGUACUCGACAUCUCCAUUGGGCCACUCUACCAGUAAGGCUUGGUUGCUAAAGCCUCAGCCAGCUUCUCUAACGUGCUCUCUUCCCAGAAUAGGCUUGUAUGGAUAGCUGCUACUCUCUCCUUUUUAUUAAAAAUGUUUCCAUUCAUAUUGCUUCAGAUCUGUUUGGAUUAACCCAGAUGUACCUUUAUUCAUGCAUUAGUUCAUUCAAAUAUGAUAAAACAGGUUUUCUACCCAUUCUGUUAAAGUUUUGCUGUAUAUAAUGAAAACUUCUGAUUGAAUAGGACUGGAGAAAAACAUUUGAUUCAUGGGAAAUUGAAAAUUGUGUUGAAUUUUAUAGAUAGUGAAGUUUACUAUCUUCCAUGAAGCCUUGAUUUUGUUUCGUAGUGUCUCCUCUAUCCCAUGAGUCUUUUUUUUUUUUUCUUUUAAUAUCUUUGGCCAUUCAGGAGCUACCUAUAUUAAUGAAACUGCUGAGUGUGUAUGUUGGCAACCUUUCUCAGCAUUAAGUUGCACAGAAGCAUUAACCUGUUUUAAGUAUGUUCAUUUAAUCUAUAAAAGUGGUUUUAAAGUUUUUAAAAAUCUUUUCAUAUAGUCGUCACUGGAUAUUGCUUUUGCGGUGACUUAAACGGUGGAGGUUUGCCCAUGUCAGGUGUGCUGAUCCCUGUACAUACGUUCAAGGUGCCCCCUUAGCUGCAUGUAGACUACCUUGUAAGGGUGCUUGGAUUAGGUUAGGGAUGUGAGGCUGUAAGUGGGUGGUACUUUUCCAGUUGCCAGUUUAUAAUUCAUUCCAUUACUUUUCUAAGUUCUUUUUCAUUUUUAAAAGCUUACUUCAAGAUAAUAGCCUUCUCUCCCAUUCUAGGCAGCAUUUGAGAUAAGGUAUCAAUGUUUAUGUAUUUAUUUUAUACACCUAACAAUGCAAUGGAUCAUCUUUAAAAUCAACUUACACUUUAUAGUAGACCACAUUUAAAUAGACUGGGAUUCUACAUAAUUAAGACACCUAAAAGUUUAGAAUUAUUUUUAUAUUUGUUGAAUCUCAUUUUUGCCGAUUCAGUUAACUUUACUAAUAGAAGAAAGAAAAAAAGCAAACUUGAGGGCCAACUCUGGAAGCCCUUUUACACUUACAACAGAUGCUGGCAAACCUGUCUCCCAGACACCUCCAAGCCUUGGUUUCGUCUCAAGUCUCCCCUUGUUUUCCCUCUCUUGCAAAGACCUCCUUCCUAUAGCCAUUGUCACAGUGUGGCUUGCCACUCGAUGCAAAGGCAGUCUGUCCCACCUUCUGGAUUCCAAAUUUGAAAGGAAUUCUCCUCCUGGGCCUGUACUCAGUGAAAUGACUGUUGGAGCUGAUGUUGAUGACCAGAGAACAUUGGUAUUUCCUCUGAGCUUCUGGAGGAGCUGGAAGACGCCUGGGAAGCAAUCACUGAAGCUCUACCAUAGCUCCCCAGAGGUAGGCCCUCUUCAGGAGACCCAUUUCUAUCUCCCAUUUUCUAUCCCCUGAGGCUCCCUGGGUUUGGGAGGACAGCGUGGAGACUGUACCCUCAGUUGGGGUCCAGAGCCUCACCCCUAGCACUUCCUCAGAUGUGUAGCAAUCUUGCAGCGCAGCAGGAAGGCCAUGAACCUUUGUUCUGCUCUUGAGGCUUCUUAUAUACAAAUGUUAUUAAUGUCUGUUAAGGGACUAGCAACUAGCAGUUGCUAGUCCCUUAGCUCCCUUAGGUAGGCCAAUUCUGUUGUGUCUGUACCUUAUUUAAAAAAUAAUCUUAGGCUGUGGGUUUCGUGCCUCAUUGUUCCUGCGUAGUAUAGAUAGGUGUUAGUCAUCCUUUCACAAAGGUGGUGCUUUUAAUAGGAUCCUCUACGCAUCACAUACUGUGCGGGUCACUUCAAGACGGUCAUUUUGAAUUGAAGUUUGGACUCUUCUCCCUUGUGAUGAAUUCUGUAGUGAUGACUGAAGCUGUCACCAUCAUUUGUGGGCAGUUUGCCUGUUGAUCAAUGGACCUAAGAGCCAGGUAGGAAAGGGCAACCUACCAUGUGAGGCAAGCUGGAGAUGCUGUAGUGUCACCCUCAGUGAGUCUGGUGUCUUGUCACUGCCCCUGGGACUGGGCUGGAGUUUCCCAAGGUGCUGGCCCAAGUUGCCACACCCACUCCUUUUGAUUUUAGGUCAGCCCAUGCCGGGUCUCAUUUGGCCGACAGAUGAUCUUUCACAGGUCUGCAAACUGUGGGCUGGUCAUUCUUUUGUAGAUAAAAGUUUUUUGGAACAUAGCCACUCCCAUUUGUUUAUGUAUUGUCUCUGGCUGCUUUCCAGCAGAGUUGGGCAUCUGCAACAGAGACCACGUGACCCACAAAAGCCUAAAAUAUUUACUACCUGGACCUUUGAGAAAAAGUUUGCUGACCCAUGCCUGAGAAAAGAAUCUUUUUUUCAGGAAAUAAAAGCUUCCCUGGUUUAUCUUCUCCUCUCUUCUGCCUCUUCUCCUGUCUUCCUUUUCUUCUCCUUCCUCCUUAUCUUACCUCAAUUUUGUUCUUUUUAUAUUGCCACAGCACAUCAGAUACCAUCUCCUGAAACUUGAGCUACUUUAGCCUCACAUCCUGUUAGAAUCACCCAUCACAGUGGCCAAAUUGAGGCCACCUUAACCUCUAGAGUCAGAAUCCAUGAGCAACUAGGAAUUCAGAGUUCUAACAUGAUGUGGUCUGGGCCUCUCCUUUCAUUCAGUUUUUAUCAUAGACCUGACUCUGGCUUCACUUCUUGUUUAUUACUAAAGUAAGCCAAAUUUUGUUUCUUUCAGAAUUAGUUGAGACAACUUUAGGUAGAUGUUCAGUUUUCUGAACCUUACAUUUAGAUAUGGAAAAGCCUUUUCACAGAGAGGAAACAAAGUCCAAUCAUAAACCCAAGGCAUUGUUUAUUAUGUAAUAUUUUUGGCCAGCUUCUAGGAAAAUAAAAAAUGUAUUGGCACUGAUACUUUUUUCAGUCACCUACUCUUCUUUCAAAAUAAUUUUAUUAAAGCACGCCAACAACUGAAAGAUAGAGGCUUGAAGUGCUUUAGAAAGACUAAUAGAAAAUUGGAGCCUAUUAUAACCUGAGUGUGACUGAGAAGUUAUGGAUGAUUAGAUUAAAUCCUGUCAACUGCCAAGGUUUUGUCUUCCCCCUCCCCCAAAACUCAAGGAUCUGUUUCUCAGUGGCUCUAAAACAGUGACUGUUCCGUUUGUUUUGAAACAGAUAAUUAUCAUUUUGAAUUCUUAACUAUGAAUUUUUAUCUUCUUAUGGCUCGAUAUCCACUGAAAUAUUGGAAAUUUUUCUGAGUAUGAAAUCAUGUCUGUGUAAGGCAUCAGCAAGGCAAUCCUCACAUCCCAGCAGUAAAUACUCUACCCCAGGCUUGCUCCCAAGUCCUUUUCAGGGAGAAAGAGAAAAUAAAAAGAUGAUUGUAUUUAAUACAAGCAGAAUUAUGGGAAGCCUUUUGAGACAGCCUUCGAAAUAGUUCAUGCCUUGAAAUGUCAGAUCAAACUGCUGUAUUCUACAGUGGACGGAUUGGAAGACAUGAAAGUCUGACCUCCUUCGCUUAAAGAUACUGUCAUGCUCAGGCAGAAACCCAGAGCUCUCUGAUGCUGCUUGCCAUGCUAUACUGGGGACCCGGGGAACCACCUGAGUCACUUUGCAGGCAUCCUUGCUCAUGCUUCUGCCCUUGGAAUUGAGCCACAGCUGGCCAGUUCCUUGCAUUACCUUCCCUUUGUCUGAUCAUUUUCCCAGAGCCCUGUUGGUUUAUGUUAGUGCUCAGAGGGGCAGGUGUGCGGUUAUGCUCGCCAGUGAGCAAAGUGACACAGAGGCUUUCUCACCUGCCUGGGACCAUUCCAUUUAACAUGAGGUGCUCAGUAGGCAAGCCACAUGGAAGUAGAUUGCUUAUUUAAAAAAAGAACCACUUGCCCAUGGUUUUAUAAUAUACCAGAGAUUGGAGGAAUGCAUUGUACCUUGUUUUUUUAAGGGUUAUGUUAAAAAAAAAUAAGAGUAAAGAGACCCCAUGUGGCCCACACAGCCUAAAAUAUAAGCUAUUUACUACCUGACCCUUUAAAGAAAAGGUUUACUGGCCCUUGCAAUAUGUCAUUCAAGAUCAAAUUGUGUGGCCAGUUAGGCACAAACUUAUUUUUUUAUGUAGUCCAGCAUUGCAACAUCUCUUUCCUUUUAGAUUGCACGGUUUCUGCCUGUUCGAUCUUAGCACACAGCUGCUGUUCCACAUUAUUCCCGACUAAUGCUCGUGUAUUAAAGAAAAAAAUAUAUCUCCCUUUGUGGAUUGAGUAUUUGUUGAAUCGUGGACAUUCAGUCUGAUCUACUAGGAUAACUAGUUACAGCUAAAAGUACAAAGUCUUUUAAACUAAAAGUACUACAGUUGUCUUCGUGUUUAUGAGUCAGGGUGAACUUGACUCUCAUGGAGAGAUAUUCCCCUACAGCAGUGCUCAACACAAAUGGAUUUCCUCAUGAACUUAAAGUCUAGAAUAGUGCCUCCCCCGGCAGGCAGAGAGCAUGUUAGUUCCACCCCCAGAAACUAUGCAGUAUAUUCAUGUGCAGUAUAUUUGCAAGCUUAUCACUCCCCAAGCUUCGGUCAUUACUUGUGAAUAUAAAUAGCUGGUCUUUUUACCUGUCUGAACCUCUAAUCCAGAUCACCCAUCCUCAGCUCUCUUAAAAAUACCAGCAUGUCAAUGGCACCUUGUCAGCCCACCAGCAGCUUUAGACCGAAGUUCAGAGCUCUCUGGCCUGGCCAGUGAAGCCCGCUCCUGGUCAGGCCUAACUCACCUCAUUUUGAGGACCCACCUUUGGCACCUUGCCUCUUCCCUCUUCUGCUUAUGCCCCAAGCCCCCUUCCAGGAGGCCUCUUCUCUGAGAAGUCUCCUACUUUUCAAGUGCUUCACUGAACAUAUAUAUGUUGUAUUAGAAGCAUUUCUUUUCAUAACUAUUUUUCUUCUCGUAGUUAGCCAUUGGGUCCAAAUGUAGUCACCUUACCAACUUUCUCACUCAAAUUGUUUUCUAUAAUCUACACUUCAUGUCGUCUUGUAGCUAAAUCUGUAGAAUUUGGGAGCUAGUUUGUGGAAGAGAUGCUAUACAAACAAGAUUUUCAUAAUUUUGUAUAUUUAUACCACAGGUAGGGAUUAGUUUUAGAGCCACUAUAGCUUAAGGUUAUAAGUUUCACCAGUGAUUUCUGCAUUCUUAAUACUUCUAGGAGACUAUGUGACUAUGAUUUCAAAUACAUAUAUAUAAUACGUAUUUAUACACACCACUGUGAAAUUUAUUUCACUGUGUAAAUAGUGGUAUUUUCCUGUUCAAAUGCUUCCAUAGAAAGUAUUUAUUUUAACAAACAAAAAAAAAUUAAUGUCAAAAGGGCUUUCCAAAAAAGCUUUCUUUCUAGAGAACCCAUCCUCCCCAGCUAUGAUGCUCAGCCACUGAACCCCCAAACAACAUAGUGAAGGCAGAAGAGUGAGCCUUGAAGCCCUCACUGUACUGGGGCAGAUGCAACUGGAUUGGGAACCUGAGCACAAUCCCCACUGUCACCCCAUCCCAGAACAAAGUGGGUCUCCCACAAUCGAUAUGGCUGCACCAGGCAUGGCAUCGGGGCUUGCCUCUAGCAGCCCACUUUUUGCAUACACAGUUGGUACAUUCAGCUGUAGAUAUCAACAUCCUGUGCAGGGAGGUGAGCCUUAGUUGUAACCCCAAGGAAAUCCAAACCUAUACCUGUGGGAUAUGGAGAAACCACUGGUUGCCUAAAGAAAGCAUUAAGAUGUAUUUUAGUCUUUCUCACCUUCAUGAAAGACACCUGUUCCCACUCUCGUUAACAACGGGAGAUAAGCAUGUUUCCUCCCGCACCUUGACUGAGUACUGAGCGCCUCAGCUCGCUGCCUCCUCCCUCUCUGCUCAGAGAGGGAGGGGCAGCCCACCUAUAACUGAUGGUACACAGUGAGGCCAUCUGCUCUAAGAUGUGUGCAGCUUUACUUCUCAGGAGUCCUGGUCUGCAAUUCAGCACCCGUAAAUGUAAUGGAACUAAUGCUUUCCCAUCAUGUUCCUCUUCCCUGUGCCCCAUUCCUGGGCACCCCUGUCUGAGUCACGAUUCUCAUUCUGCCCGGCUGGCUGGACUGAGAACUGCAGCUCCAGGACUGCGGUGAGCUUGGGACUGGACACACAGGGAUUUGUGUCAUCCAUUUGAACCAUAAUUAGCAUAUUUACUUAUGCCCUCCCUUUGUCUUUUCUAAACAAAUGAGGAAGACACUUGAACAGUAAUGCUGGAGAAUGUUUUUUUUAGAUGCUAUUUGUAAGCAAAUCUGAUUUUAAGAUGAAAUGUGAAAGGGUAACUAGGUGCCAGGGAAUUUAGCACUGAACUAGACAGUCAAAACUUUUUUAACCUUUGCAGGAAGAAAUAAAGUUUGCUCUCAUCUAAAUGUUCACAAGAAAUAAUGUUGUAAAUAGUUUUUUUAAAAUAUUUAUUACAUGUGCUGUGUACAGAUUCAUGUUCUGAGUGAUGUUGGUUUGCAUUGUAGUACUGUAGAAGAAUAUAUUUUGAGCAGUGGACUUCCUUUCAUAACACAGUUCACACAUGGAGAAAGAACAAAAACCAGCAGGUUGAGAGCUGUUUGGGGCAUUUGAUCUGUAAUGUUACAUCAAAUCCAAGCUUUAAUCGUUCCCUCUUCUCAUCUGGUUAUGUUAUAUAUUUGUACACACACACACACACAUAUGUAUGAUAAACCGGUCAGUGGUCAGCCCCCAGGCCUGCAGAGCAGAUUUCCAGGUUUUCUUUCUGAUGUGUUGCCUGUAAGCAAUAAGAUUCUAGGUGAUAGCAUUUAUUCCGGGCUCCGCGUUAGCCCUUGUCUCAGAGGAUAGGGUGGGGUAGAACAGCUCUUGCUAAGACCUCUUGCCUUUGCUGGAGAGGUUGCUGUACUUGAAUUUUCGCUUCUGUUUGUCUGCACGCUCCUUCACAUCAUACGACACUAGCGAUGGAUGAGAAAUCUGCCAGCACCAGACACAUCAAAAAUUGGGCAUAGAGACUGAAAAAUUACCAAUUUUCCAUGGAUUUGUAGGGUUUACAGAAUCUAGCUGAGGCAAAACGCAUUUGGCUAUAGCAUAAGUGUAAGAACCUUUGACAUUAAAAAUGUAAAUGGCCAAUAAAAAGUCCUUUGACUGUAUCUGAGCUACCUUUAAGAGCUAGCCCAUCUCCUGUACUCCUCCUCUGUGCCUGAGUUUGAAAUAUCUGAAGCCCCCUCCGUGUCUGGGGUUAAAUCAUUUAGGUUCGUGCAAAGAGGGCAGUUGCCUCUCCAAGCGUCCCAGCGUGUUCAGUCCAACAGAUUUCUAAGCUGUUUAGCAGCCUCUCCUUGUGACCGUCCUGAACUUUAUGAAAAAUACCCCACACCCAGAUAACCAUUAAUAGAAUAAUGUAGUUUUUUAGGCUUUUGGAAUAUGUCUUCUCUUUUGUAUUUAUGAUGGUGUUUGGAAUUUUUCACUAGUGUUUUUUUAGAUUGAAGUGGGUGCAUUAGGCUAAAACUUUCCAUUGCUGAGCCUGAAGCAAGCAAGAGGAAAGAAGCAGACCUAUGUUGUGUCUUUGGGAAGGUGACUACUUCUUGUGGUGGGGGGAGGGCGGGGGUGCGUUAUAGAUUAUGUGGGGUAAAAUAGAAUUCCGCCCUGAGGCUCCCCGAGCCUUAUGGCCUUGUAAUAAAUAAUCCCUUUAUUAGCCUCACUUAAUCUCAAUAGAAGCCUGCUGUUUACCCUCAGGGAACAAGUAGUUUUCAAAAUUGAGCUCCUCCCAGGUCAUUGGCCAGUGCCUGUGUGCAGGCAUUGGUCAUCUUUGUGAACUCAUGGCAUUAUUUUCCCAUAUGUAUUAUGAUAUUAAGAAAUUCAACCCCAACCUGUAUGAAAAGCACAGCCCAGGGUCCUACUUUUAGGCUAGAGUUAAUGCCUUUGAGAGGCCAGGGGGUCAUAGGAGGCCCAUGCAAUUUAACUGAAGCUCAGGUGCCGUGUUGGGUUUUUACUGGUUUUAGGCCACAGCCUUCAGAGUGAAUUCAGGGCAGGGCUGCUGAUGCGGCUGUGGACCCAGGGAGCUCUAAGAUGAAUCUCUACCGUUCCUUCAAAGGUCUUUCUGGUUCUUCCCAGUGUUGUCAUGGCUGAGGUCAAUCUCGUAGUUGUUCAGAUGUGCUCCUUUUUGCUGUCUUGGGAGUCUUAGCCAGCGAUCCAGAUGUCCAAGGACAGAGUCUCCAGAGGGCCUAGCUCCUUCCUGGUACCAAGUGUGUGAUCCUGACCUGUGUGAAGGCGGUCUUGUCCAAAGUAGUGAAAUGAGAAUUUCUGCAAACGGUAAUCCAGACGAUCAGCAUGUAUCCCUUGGGCCUGGACUUCCACUAUGUUAGUGAGUGUAGGAAAAUACUGUGUCUUUUAUGGAAGAAAAUUCAAUGUAUGCUGUGAAUUUGUUGGUUUGAAACAUUGAAAAUUUUUCAUUAGACAAUGUUUACAUACCUCACCUGAAGAACCUUUG